AUGACAGUGUCCAAAUCUACAAUGAUUUCACAGGUGUGUAAAUGUCACCUUGCAAAUGGACGUAAAAGUCAUCUGGCAGAGGUGUGUAAAUGUCACCUUGCAAAGGAACGUAAAAGUCACCUGGCAGAUGUGUGUAAAUGUCAUCUUGCAAAGGGACGUAAAAGUCACCUGGCAGAGGUGUGUAAAUGUCACCUUGCAAAGGAACGUAAAUGUCACCUGGCAGAGGUGUGUAAAUGUCACCUUGCAAAAGAACGUAAAAGUCACCUGGCAGAGGUGUGUAUAUGUCACCUUGCAAAGGGACGUAAAAGUCACCUGGCAGUAAAGCGUAAACGUCUUCUGGCAAAAGAGCGUAAAAUUGACUUGACAAAAGAGCGUAAAAGCCAUCUGGUGGAGGAGCGCUUUGAGAGGUUUGCAUUGCAAGAUUUAUGGCACUCCGUGUUGAUGUCACGUUCGUUCCAAUUCGAGUAUUAUGGAAGACAGCUAACUCCGUCCAUUGCAAUGACAGUGGAAGUCAAACAGGCGAAUUCAAUAGUCAAGUCAUUGCAAAUGAACAUCACAAGGAAAACAAGUGGGGCGUCAGAGAUGGUAGAUGACGUAACUGUGGAUUACGACACCUACGAUGUACCGACUGAAAACGCUGAGACCUACUGUCAUAAUAAGGAAUGGACAAGUUCAUUUGAAGAUGACCCGGAUGAUGACCAUCAAACGCUUCUCACUGAAAUGGCUAAACCCGCACUACUUUUGCAGCCAGAUAUCCACGACCGCAUGUGUGCCUUGUUGGCGAUGAGAAGGCACUCUCUUUCCAACAAAGCUAAAAUAUUUCUACCACAGCCUCAGCACGUUCGUAAUUCUCGGUCCGGUUCGUAUUCAAGAACUAGCAGACCCCGAAACCUUGCAUUGAUGAGACACUCUGCUCUCAAAUGUACGGAACUUGUUGGUGGGAAUUCUAAUAACACUUCCGAGAGAUAUCUGGAUCAAUGGCAAUCGUGUAAUCAAGAAACGUUUUCAGAUUUCCGUGGUUUAGCGACCCGACUGGGGCUCUCGGCGUUAACCAUAUAUUGGCUCACUAAACAACGGAACCCCGAAGCUCUACUUGUCGCGUUUUAUUCAAUUAUUUGUAAAAUAGACAAAAAACCGCUUAGUCGGUCCUUAAAUGAGCUGCACCAUCAUUUCGAUAUGAUCGGUCAUCAGGCUGCACAGAUGCUUUUAACUGGUUCCAUUGAGAAAGCACUAGAAAGUGAAGUCGAGGAAGAACGAAAAGAACACAAAAACAUGUUCGAGGAAUUUCUCGAGGACGAAAAAACAAUCGAGCGCAGGUCAUCGCUCACUACUAUGAGUGAUUAUCUGGUGGACAGAGUUCGAAGAGAAUCUAUCCAUUUGGAAGAAGAUGAAGUGAAGGAAGAGCUCAACAGAGCUGCUAUUAGACUGACUGAUGGGUGUCAGCGAGCGGGAUAUGUACCAACAAAGUUAACCAGAAUGGAAGCUAAGGCGCGAGAUUUACAGGAUAAAUUAGACGGAGAGAUUGGUAGAUUUACUGAGGCCACACUGUCUACUGUCGAAACACGACUAUCUUUACUACGGCGCCAUGUUCAGCAAGUCUUCAUUACGGACACCAUAUUGGCGGAGAAAUUCUUAAACGAAAUCACUGAUAUUGAACUCCAAUCGUCAAUAGAGGGGGCUGUUCAAGAUGUCGUGGAACUGGUGGGAGAAAUAGACGCGCUGGAGGCAGAAAUACAAGCCGAAUCCCAUUCACUGUGGAGGACAUUGUCUGUAUCCAUCCGCGCUGCAAUAACAGAAUUGAGACACGUGAUGAAGCGGGAAACUAAAUAUUGUCCGGAAGUGUCCGAACCUUGUAAAGAUUCUCUGAAGAUAAUAGAAUAUGAGAUACCGGCAGCCAGAACUUCGACACCAGACUUGGUGCAACUACAGAGGGCGUUUAAUGACGUUGAGUCCCGAUAUAGAGAUCGCAGUGUGCACAAAGCAAAGAGCAUUUACCAAAGUAUUAUGAAUAAAUUACGGUGGAUUAGUGAGAGAGUUGACGAAGAUUUGUCAAACGACCCAUCAGCGAAUGACCUAAGGUCAACUGUACAAAGACAACAACGAGAGGCAAAUGAGUCGUUUGGAUUCUUGGUUCAAUUACAAGAACUACUGUGGCAAGUAGAGAAUACGGAAGAUAUUGUCAAAGCAAAACUGGAAAUGACAUCACAGUCGCUCAAACAGUCACUUCAGUCGCACGUGAACAUACUGCAACAGACAAUGGGUGACACAUUAGGAAUCAGUGAAACGACUUCCGAAGUGAAGUUAUCUCUGGAACGAGUUGGACGUGAGUGUACUCGUAAAAGUACUUCGCUUACACGGUUGAGAAAACUAACCUCAGACGUCGUUUCCAUGGAAACUAAGAUCCAUGACGCCAAAAAGAAUGAGUCCAGAUUGAGAUCUAAACUAGAAAACAAAAUACUGGCAAUAGGCCAAAAACUGCCAUCAGUCUCGUCUUACCAGGAUAUAGAGAUGUUUAAGAAAGAAUUGAAUGAUAUUGCAGAGGAGACGAGAAUCAAUAAACUUUGUAGCACAAAGUUGAAAGAUAUGUACCAUACAGCAUUAGACAUAGAGAAGAGAAUGGAAGAACAAGCAGCAUUGAAUAAAAUUAGGAAUGCAGUUGAUUCUAAAAUGAAGAAAAUUGAUAAGUCUGUACGCUCCAUCUAUCCACCAAAUGUUGGUAAAGAUCUGCAGGUACAGCUGGAGAAGUACAAAAAAGAGUUAUCAGACCCCAAGAAAACUGUUAUACAAGUAAAACGUUUAGAAAGAGACACGACGAAACUGGAAGUUAAAGUUAAAGAUUUUCUUGAGAAAAUCAAGCCGUUAUACGUGGAUUAUGAUAUACUUUGCCAAAUAGCAGAAAUAGUACAACCAGUGUGGAUACCGACAAAUGCCGGACUGGAAAUGCCGAAAUUGAAGCACAUUUCAUUGGUACGAGACUCCGGACUCCGCGGUGAUGCCAAAACGAUGCUCCAUGCACUCUACGAGAAACACGACAGCAAAUUUAAAUGGAAUACUCUAUUGAUGAUUGUUCGACGGCUUGACAACACUGGAGAUGUUUACAGAAAACUGAAGGAAAUUCGAGCACUUUCUGGGCUACAGAAAAUAUGA